AAAAACACCAGAAGAAGAAGAACAGGACUAACAACACAUCUCUCGGAAACUUGAAUGAGCUUUUCACGUCACGUGUUUUAUUUUUUUAUUUUUAUUUAUUUGAACCAAACCAGGAGCGAUCAUAUUCCUGCAGGCUGCAGAGAGGCUGUGUUUGUGUCGGGGAGACUGAGCCAAACAGUGUCUGCUCAGUGUGUGUGUGUGAGUAACAAUGAGUAAUAAUAAUAAUAAUAAUAAUAAUAAUAAUAGUCACAGCAUAUUGCACCACGAGGAGGCUGCCGUCAUAGAAAACGCCAUCAGGGCGGCUGUGAACUCUGUGAUGAAUGUGAUAUACAACAGCUGCAGCCGCAGGGUGCAGGAGUACAGGAGCAUGGUGUCUGACAGGGACAAAGAGAUCAGGAGACUGGAGUGCAAGUUGGAGAAAAGUGAAAGUGAGUUGCAGAUCUUGCGUCUGGAGGUGUGCAUGACUCAGACUGAAGAUGAGGAGCUCACAGCUCAUGCAGGAGAGGUGAGUCCUGCAGACAGCCAGCUGAAAGACGAGCCUGAGGAUGAGCCCUGUGGUGUAGGUGCGGAAACACCCACUCAAAUUCCCCACGAGACGACGACGACGACGACGGAGGCCUUUCCCCACCAACAUGCCCAGACCGAGAAGCCCUCAUGGGAAUGCGAAGGAGCAGCCGGAGACCAAAGGUCCUUCGGAUGCAUCCCCUCCCUCGUCAAAGAGGAGCCGUCCGACCUGGUGGUCGAGUGGGAAAUGUGCGAGGGGAGUUUGCUGGACCAGCAGGAGGGUCAGCAUGGAGGUGCGAGAAAGGGUGUCUUCCCAGCUCAGAGUGACACGGCUCCAAGCGCCUUCAGUAUGGAGGAGGAUUUCCCGAGCAUACCCCAAGCUCUUAUGGAAACACCCUGGGUCACUACAAGCCCACAUAUAUCCUCCGCUUUUCAGUGCUCACCUGGAAGUUUCAUCUCUUAUAUAUCUGACAGUGAGUGCUCCGGUUCCACGAGACAACUGGGCAAUGACUGGCACUACAAUUUUCAGGUCCCUUGGAACAGGCUGUCAUCUGUCUUGAGAAGGAAAUUAGACCAUCAGGAGCGGCCAACAGCGAGGGAAAGGAGAGAAAUGAUUCGCGUGAUCGCAGCUGAAAUUCUCGCCGUUUGCAAAAAACCAGCAAAGAGACACCUGAGUGAAGUUGCACGGAAGAUGGUCCUCGCGUAUCCAAAGUCUUUUAAAGACAUAAUAGAUGACGAGGUCAUCGGAAGUGGCCACGAUUCUUUAACGAAACAGCUUCAGUGCAGAGUUGAUAACUGCAGGCGGAGCGUGCCGCGAGCUAAGCAGAGGAGCGCCCGGAAUGGCAGCAUGGCCGUUCCAAAAAGUAAGAAGCAUCGGAGAGACUCCUACGGCUGCGUUCAGUGGGAAUCUGGGCCUGUGAAUGUGGACGCGCAGAUGAAAAAGAAAAAAGACAUGCAAAAAAUGUUCCUGAAAAACGAGAGGAAUGCAAAUAAAAUAGACAAGUUGAUCUCAGACACUUUUAUAUCUCAGAGAAAUGACAUUGUGUCCGGUAGGGAAACACGGCUCCUUAAGAAGGAAUGGCCCUACCUGUUCUCAGUUGUCGGCAUGAAGGCACAUUUUAGACUUUUGACUGGUGUCCACAUAAACGAAGGAUUUGAGGAGGCCAUGGCCACCAAAUUCGCCAGAGUUCUUGACUAUUUCCGGUCUCUCCCGAUGGAGAUGUCGAGACAGAGAGCAGAAAUCCAUGCCGGCGGUGGACCCUGUGGGGCAGUGUUGAUGCUCCUUUCGCACUUCAAAGAGGAUUGCGGAAGGAUGUUUCACGUGGUCGGCAGAACUUGCAUAGCUGAUGAGGUUCAGACAGAGCACCUGCCACCCACACCGUGCAUUGUUGUAUGUGGAAUGAGUCCAAUGUCUGCAGACACCUUCAUGGUUGCGGUGGACCAGGCGGUGAUAAUGGAAAACUUGGCAAGCUUCACGGACGCACUGGUCAGCAUGUUUGUGUGUUACUACAUCUUCAACGUGCACUACCCAGUGGAACUCGGUGCCACGAUGGAGUUUCUCCAAAGGUGCAUCUUCAAGAUCAAUCCCGACAAGGGCUCCAAAGUAGAGCGUCAGGAAAACAAGAAGAGCAAUGCAGUGAACCCAAAAGUCCUGACCCUUAUCACCCGCAUUUCAGAGUUUGAGUGGAGUGCUUAAUGUGUAAGACGCUCAUGGUCACUUUGUACUGAUCAAAGCUCAGUCAUUUUGUCUUUCAAAGCAGAUGUUUUGGUGACUGUACAACUUAUCUUCUAUACAGGAUGGCAUUUUUUUCUUGUUCACGUAGGUCUUACUGCAAACAAACUCAUCAAAGCAGCUGUUGAGCGUGAAAAUAGAAGUUGAUUCCUCUUCCUGUCCUCAGUACUACAUAGCCAGCUGUCUCUGCAAUAUUCAAAGACUUCAUAAGAAAGAGACUCAUUUCAACCUACUGGGGUAUUUUAAAGUUAUUUAAGGCCAAUACAUCUCAGUAUGUGUAUUAUGUUAACACAGUAAACAAGAGAUUAUCUGUUUUACAAAUGUUCACGCAGCAUUUUUUGAUACUGGGCCAAUGCCUAACGUUUUUGUAAUAACGAUUAAAAUGUG